AUGUCUACGACGGACUAUGACCGCAGUUUUUUCAACUUUGGGUACCAUGAUAGUACCAGAGAUACGCCUCUCAGCGACCUUCAAUAUGGAUACCUUUUGAACCAGGGAUUCAACUUUGCAGUUGCGCCUAUUACAAACCAGAGCUUCAAGAAACGAAUAUUCAAGCUCGUCAAAGACCACCUGGAAUUGUUGGUCAAGUCCAAGUCCGAGGGAACUACUGUUGCCACGGCCGCCCAGGCCGACCCAAUCAUCCCGCCGCUGACCCCGGAGGACACCAGCUUGUUUCCGUCUCAAGUUGUGAAUACCUACACUGGCUGCAUUAGCUCUUGGAUUGAUCUAGCAUCGCCAAAUCCAAUCAUAGCAAGCGUCUCGCGACAGGUCUUGAACCUCGAGAUUAAUUAUGCAAGCUUCUGCGGACUUCGCGUCGUCAUGAUCCCCCCACCGGAACGGGAUGCGUCACGAGGUGCUGGUAAUUCUGGCCUAGCGCAGUAUUCUCGCGCGAUUCAGGAAGCACUGACUAUCGGAGCCAACAUGAGCUUUGCCGUGCAAAUGCCCAUGUACCGCGAGCCAGGUAUCGACGGCGGCGUUGACACUUUGUCCCGCCUCAACCCUGUGUCAGAAGCCUCACCGGCCGCAAAAGGAAUCGAUAUCUUCACCGCAUGGGACUCGUGGCACGCCUUGAAAAUUCCAAAGGUGAUGCCGGAAAUGGUACUGCAGAAUCGCUGGUUCUCGGAACCUCUCAUGUAUCUCACUUUUACAACUGAUGUUUUCCAAACGAAUCAAACAGGCAACCCGACGCUUUCUAAACAUCAUCAGGCCAUGGUGUAUUCUUACAUGAAACUCAAGGCUGCACCAGGACUCCUGAUGCGGAAUACGGGACCUGACGUUUCUCAUAUAAAACGCUAUCCGCAUAGUGCACUUUCCGAAGACGGCUUCCCGUCACUCUCAGAGCCAUUUCCCGAGAAAGAGUCUGCGUCUGAAAAGGACGACAAGGCAUCCCCGUUCUUCGAGUACAUGCGAUGGCUGGAGUCGGGGCAACAAACACCGACAAUAUUCGAGUCAUCCAUGCUUACGAACUUCCAAGAUUGGCUCCAAUCGCCCCUGCAGCCGCUCUCCGAUAAUCUUGAAUCUGCCACGUAUGAGGUUUUUGAAGGUGACCCCGUCAAAUAUAACCAAUAUGAAGCAGCUACCAUGGAGGCGCUGAUCGAGUGGAAGACACUCAAGAAGCCAACCUCGAAGGAGGAUGUCGUUGUCAUUGCCGUGGCGGGCUCAGGCCGCGGACCUCUUGUCACUCGCGCACUCAAGGCUGCUGACUACGCCAACGUGGAGGUGGAAGUUUGGGCUGUUGAGAAGAACCCGAAUGCCUACGUCUACUUGCUACGCCAGAACCAGAGCGUCUGGGGCGGGCGUGUCAAGGUGGUGAAGACGGACAUGAGGCACUGGAAAGGUCCCGUUAUUUCCGAGUCUGCAGAAGGCCCGGUCUACGGCAAGGUGGACAUUCUAAUCUCCGAGCUUUUGGGCUCCUUUGGCGACAACGAGCUAUCCCCGGAGUGUUUGGACGGCAUCCAACAUGUCAUGGCCCCGCAGGGCAUCUCCAUCCCAAGCUCGUACACGGCGCACUUUACACCAAUCGCUUCCCCUAAGCUGCAUGCUGACAUCCUCGCGCGCUCUGCUACUGACUCGAAUGCGUUUGCGACGCCCUGGGUUGUGCACUUGUUCUCGCUCGAUUACAAUGCGCACCGCGUGCCGGAUCACCCGCGCAUCCAGCAAGCGUGGCAAUUCUCCCACCCCAUUCCCAACUCUACGCUGCAGGGAGUCGAAGCGCGGCGGUCAGGCGGCGUUGUUGGCGGUGGCGGCGGCAGCAUGGCGGGCGCCGCCGGUGCCAACGACCACAAUUCACGCUUCUGUCACCUCACGUUUGUCUGCCAGGCUCGCGGUGUUACUCACGGCCUUGCUGGCUAUUUUGAGUCUACCUUGUACGAAUCACAAGUAAAGGAGACGCUCGGAGAAAAGGUCGAAAUUAGCACGCAUCCAGAGCGCAUUGAUGCUAAGAGCAAGGACAUGAUUUCGUGGUUCCCCAUCUUCUUCCCUCUCAAUCAACCUCUGUACUUUCCUGCGGACACGGAGCUGGAGGUCAGCAUGUGGCGACAGACGGAUGAUACACGCGUUUGGUAUGAGUGGCUUGUUGAAGCGUGGGCGUGGGUUGGUGAGAAUAGCCGAAUCAAGGUUGGGUCGUCGGAACUAUGCAGCAGUCGCAAGAUGGCGUGUCUCAUGUAG